UGCGCUAGCUGAACGUGCGCUCAUGCUCCGUGCUCACGCGCAACGUGAUCGAAACCUCGCCGGACUUGUCGUGUUAUCCUGUGAACUUAGUGUAUCAAAGCUGCCGUACAUAGAGAACUGACCCGGUGUUCAGGAUUCUGUUGUGUGCGAAAUCGAUCAAUUUGGAUUUGGUUAGAUCGUGAUGUUCGCGCGGUGACGUGGAAGAGUCAAAGCUGGCUAGCGAGGUCGCGGUGCAGGGGUGGUGGCGGUCGCGUGCGCUGGAUGCGGUAGGGGCUGAGGCAGGCGGAGGGCCCGCCGGCGCCGCCGUGGCGAUGACGGUGCAGCGCGACGAGCGCGACGCGCGCGCGCCCCGGACGCGCUUCAUGAUCACGGACAUCCUGGAUGCCGCGCCGAGAGACCUCAGCGCGCACAGGGACUCCGACUCCGACAGAUCCGCCACCGAUUCCCCAGGAGUGAAAGAUGACUCAGACGAUGUAUCAAGCAAAAGUUGCGGAGGUGAUUCUUCAGGAUUAGCAAAGAAACAGAGAAAAGCAAGAACAGCAUUCACAGAUCACCAGUUACAAACGUUAGAGAAGUCAUUUGAGAGACAGAAGUACCUAAGUGUUCAGGAUCGGAUGGAGUUGGCCGCGAAAUUAGGGCUCACAGAUACGCAAGUUAAGACUUGGUAUCAAAAUAGAAGGACGAAAUGGAAGAGGCAAACGGCAGUGGGGUUAGAGCUGCUGGCCGAGGCCGGCAACUACGCAGCGUUCCAGCGGUUGUACGGCGGCUACUGGGCGGGCGUGCCGGCGUACCCCGCGCAGCCCGCGCCAGCCGCUGCCGACCUGUACUAUAGACAAGCUGCCGCUACUGCGGCGGCUGCGGCGUCGGCCUCCGCCAACACGCUGCAGAAACCUUUACCGUAUAGGUUAUACCCUGGUGCGCCACUAGGUGGCGUUCCUCCGCUGGGUCUUGGGCUCCCGGGCCCGUCAGCGCACCUCGGCUCGCUGGGGGCCCCGGGGCUCGGCGCUCUGGGCUACUACGCGCAAGCUCGCCGCACGCCCUCCCCAGACGUCGACCCGGGAAGCCCAGCUCCUCCCCUCAGGUCACCUCGAGAGCCGUCCUUAGAGCGACGCUCCGACGACGAAGACGACGAUGAAACAAUUCACGUGUAAUGGACGUUUAUUGCGCAAAAAUGUGAUUGAAAACUUUCAAGUGACUAUCUCGCCAGUGAAGACGUAUCAGUGCAUCAAGUUUGAGGAACAAAAUUCGAUCGUUGCGUAGUGCCCCGGUUUUUAUGAGACUUUUGCGGCACUUGUAUUGAUUUACAGUAUUGCCUUUGUGAAGUCGGCGCGUGGGACGUUGCUUGUCCAUAAUGAUUUUGUGAUAUUAUAAGCUCAGUUUCAAAUAGAUUUAAGUGAUAUGUAUUAUAUAUUGAUGUCGUUUAUUAGAUAUUAAAACAGAUAGAGAUUAAACCACUUAGUUUACGAUUGUAUUAAACUGGAGAUUCAAAAUAUAAAUGAGAAAUAUUUCUCUAUUUAUUUUACUUAUUUAUGCUGCAAUAUUUUUCGCUUAUUGGUUCACUGUAACACUUCUUCGUAACUUAUUUUUUUUUGGCUCCAAGAGUAUAUUCAUGCUGUACUUACUUGAGUUUCGUACCGAUUUAAAAAACCUGGUUUAACAAAAUUUAGUUUUACUGUUUCUUCUAAAAACUUAUUUAUUUAAAAUAUCUUUGUUUACUUUAAUUGGCAAUGAUUCUUUAAGAACUUUAAACAAAAGAAGCUAACCCUUAAAAUACAACAAAUGUGUAUAGUAUAUGUAUAAAUAUGAUAAUGUAUGUAUUGUUAGUAUUAAAUACACAACUAAAACGUUUAAUUUAGUUAUGUUGUAUCUAAAGCUAUUAUAGAAAUAUGGCAAUGUACUUAAGCAAUCCGAGAUGUCCAAUAGAUUUGUGGUGUUUUGUAAUUAAAAUGUUGUCAAUUAA